UGGGGCAAUGUUGAGCGCCGCCCAACAAUGCGCCCGCGCCGCCCUGCGUCCGCGCAUCACACGAGCAUCGUCAAUGCGAUAGUGAACAGCGGAAAUACAUUUUUUUUUUCAAAUUUACAAUGAUGUUUAAAAAAUAUUGUAUAGUGUAUUAAAAAAAAGUUUUUUUUUUUAAUGUUAUUUGUGCAAUAAUAAAAAAUGCCAAGAAAACGUGCGAACAGAUCACCGCCGGUGGAAAAACGUUCCGAGGAUGCCGACGAUGAUGAUUUUUUCUUCGAUGACACCCAAUCUAGUUCAGGUCGGGGUACACACGAACCACAACAUAGGAAUGCAGCAAAUGCGCGGGAAAGAGCUAGGAUGCGAGUAUUGUCCAAAGCAUUUUGCAGGUUGAAGACAACGCUGCCUUGGGUACCAGCGGACACAAAAUUGUCGAAGUUAGAUACCUUGCGAUUAGCUGCAUCAUAUAUCGCACACCUGCGCGCCCUGCUUCACGAACCACGGUCUGCUCAUACGCCGCCACAUCCGCUUAGUUUGGCGUGGCCCUUCGCUUUCCAACACGGCGGCAGUCUCAGCUGUUCCAUAUCACAGAGAUGGAAUAUCAGUGCACAAGCAAAUGAGAGUGCACCAAACAAUCUCAAGAAUGUACAACAGAGAGAUGCACAAAAUGGCGGUUGCAGUGAAAAUUACAACCAUAAAUAUUGCGACAAUGACUAUGAAGAUCGAUGUUACGAGGAUCUGACGAACGAAUCGUGCACUCAGAUGCAAUAUUGCGAAUAUGGAUACAAGGAUAAUUAUUAUGAAAUGCGAAAUUAUACGACCGAAAAUCUCAUUUAACGUAUAAACUUGUACUAGAAUAUUUUAUUAGUAUAUUUUACUGCAAUUGUUAUCACAGAUCAGUGUGUCAGGGUCAGAGCUCUAUUUAGCGGCCCAAUGAUAGUCAAGUAAAGAUAAUUCUUCGUAAGAAUUAAUCUUUACUGUAACACAGUCGAAAUAUCGAAAUAAUUUUGAACCAUUAUGCGAGUAGAAUUCGCCCGAUCAUGUGACACAUUUUAUAAGAUUUUGAAAUUUUUUUUUUUCGAUUAUGUUUCUUAGGAAAAGUUGAACAGUAUUAUGAGUUCACUAUCACCUGAUUUUGGCGUCGAUAUUUGUAACUGUUUCUGAAAAAUUGUUUUUUUAUGCAAUAUGAUGUAGCCUAUAGCAUUAUAUAAAAAAUUAUAGCGAACUUUUUGGUAAGAGUCAAAAUAAGGAUUGAUAAAUGUUUGUUAAUCUUUCACGCAAAAACUACUGAACAAUUUUGAAUGAAAUUUGGAAGGAUAAGUUUAUAUCCUAACUUAGCACAUUAAUACUUUAUGUACCUACUUACUAGUUCACAUGGACGAAGCCACGGGAUAUAGUUAGUCUACACAUAUUGGGUGAUAAAUUGUAGAAUAAUAUUAACAAUAAAAAAAUCCCCAUAAAUAUAUAUAUUAUAUAUAUAGUUUUUAAGAUCAAAAUAUUUAAACCAAAGAAUAGUUAUUAAAAUUUUUCGUGAUUU